AUGGAUAAGUAUAUAAUGGCGGAUUUAGCAUUAAGAGAUGCGGAUAGUUUUGCUGCAGCAGAGUAUGCAAGAGAUGGAUAUAGAUGGGAGGGAGAGAAAGCCCUAAAGGAAGAGUUUGCUGCUGCAGGUAUAGAUUUAUUAUUAACAGAGGAUCAUGACCAACAGAUACAGCAGCAGCAGCAACAGCAGCAGCAGCAGCAGCAGCAGCAGCAGCAGCAGGUGCAGCUGCAGCAGCACGAAUUGUAUGGGGAUCGACUCGAUCCCAGGGUGGGGCUGGUUGUUGUUGGUUGGGAUCGUCUCCUUACAUAUAAUAAAAUAACACUUGCAUGCCUUUAUUUACAACAAAAAAUUAAGAAAAAAAAACACAAACAGCAGCAGCAGCAGCAGCAGCAGCAGCAGCAAGUGCAGCAGCUGCAGCAAGUGCAGCACCAAGUGCAGCAGCAAGGGGAGAAGAAGGAGGAGACAAACAGUAAUAACAAUGAAUAUAUAAACAAAGAAAGACACAAACAACAACAGCAACAGCAGCAACAGCAGCAGCAACAACAACAGACCCAUCAAAAUAAUCAGCAGCAGCAGCAGCAGCAGCAGCAGCAGCAGGAGCAGCAGCAGCAGCAACAAGAGGAAGAGGAAGAAGAAUAUGAAUAUAUAGAUAUGCCUUUUAUUAGUACAAAUAAAGAUAAAUAUAAUAAAAUAAGAUGCAUGCGUUAUCCAGCUAAUGGCAUGCAAAUAGCAGCAAUAGAAAGUGUUAUAGAUAGACAAUCUAUUUGUAUAGGGAAAGAAUCUUAUUGGCUAGCUAGCUGGCUAGCUAGCCAGCUAGCUAACCAAGAUAUAGCUAGCCAACAGCAGCAACAGCCGCAGCAGCAACAGCAGCAACAGCAGCAACAGCAGCAACAGCAACAGAUAGCUGCUACCCAACAACAACAGCAGGUCGUGCAGCAACAGCAACAGCAGCAGCAGCAGCAGCAGCAGCAGCAGCAGCAGCAGCAGCAGCAAGGGAAUAAAGUAUUAGUAAUAGGGGAUAGAUUAGAUACAGAUAUGCAAUUAGCUAAGAAUAUAAAUGCAGAUAAACUUCUUGAGGAGGAGGAGGAAGGGGAAGGGGAAGGGGAAAAGGAGGAGGGGGAGGCAGCUAGCUAG